AUGCUGCUCCUGGCGCGGGUGUGUGGCAUCUGCACGGCGACACUUGGCGCUUGGAGAGUGGCAGCAGCAUCCAGCGAGCGAGGGGGACCAGCAGCAUCUGACACUCAGCUGCUGGACUGGCGACUGGCGCUCGGUAGCAUCAUCACCACCCGGCGGGCUGCAACAGCACACCUCCUUGUGAGUCAAACCCUUUGUUCCCCUGGAGCUGGUGACGGGCAGCAGCUGCGGCUGGUGAUGCACUGGAACAGCACCAGCAGCGCCUGGCGGGCGGCAGCAACACCAUCGCCCGGCAGCACGGCGGCAGCUCCUUGUGGCGCAUGGCGGCAGCUGCGUGCCUUCUCCGUCGUGAAUAGGUGGCGCACAGCAGCAGUAGCAGCUCCUGGCACCCUGCACUAG